GGUGUGACAUGGCCUGCAUUUAGUGAACAAGAGGAUGCAGAUGUACAUGUACAUGUACAAGUUGGAAAUGAAAGGGAAAAUGAGUCUGCAGCAACUGAGAAUGGAGAGGUUGGAAAUGAAGGGGAAAAUGAGGAAAAUGAUCCAGAAUUUGUGGAUAGUGAUUAUGAAUUGAAUGAACAAGAGGAUGAGGUGCUUGUAUAUGAGAAUGUGGUAGUUGGGGGGCCAAGUGGAGAGCCCAAUGCAGGUGAGAAUGUUGGGCCUACUAUUCAGCCCAAUGCAGGUGAGAAUGUUGGGCCUACUAUUCAGCCCAAUGCAGGUGAGAAUGUUGGGCCUACUAUUCAGCCCAAUGCAGGUGAGAAUGUUGGGCCUACUGUUCAACCCAAUGGACAUGAGAAUGUUGGGCCUACUUAUGAAGCUCCAAGAGAGGUAUCAUCAGAUGAUGCUAACACAUCAGAUUUGGACAUAGGAAGUGAUGGAGAGGAUCAUGAUGAGGGUAAUGGUGAGGAAAAUGGCAAAAGAAAGAAAAAAAAAAUUGCCAAAGUUGAAGGAGUAUAUGAGAGAGGUGGAUUUAAGGAAUCCAGAGUUUAG